UAUCCUAAAACUCUGUGUGUUAUUUCCCACUUUCAGAAAAGGACUUGCAGAAAGGCUUUAGGCAAUAAUGGCGUUGGCUCUUUCGAGCUCCUUUAUUGGUCUCUCCAUUUCCUCCUCCAACUCUCUCUUCGGCCAACGUUUCUCUCCUCCUCCUCUGGUUACAUCAACAGAAGGUCCAUGUUUGAUUACAGCAAAGCUUAAGCGAUGGGAACGGAAGAAGUGUAAGCCAAACAGCCUUCCAGUACUACACAAAAUGCAUGUGAAGCUGGGUGAUACAGUAAAGGUAAUAUCUGGUCAUGAUAAAGGUAAGAUUGGGGAGAUCACCGAGAUCAUCACGCACAACAGCAAAAUAGUAGUAAAAGAAGUGAACUUGAAAACCAAGCAUGUGAAGAGUAGGAGCGAAGAUGAACCAGGCCAGAUAGUCAAGAUUGAAGCUCCUAUUCACAGCUCAAACGUGAUGCUUUACUCGAAAGAGCAGAAGGUAGCCAGUCGAGUGGGUCAUAAAACACUAGACAACGGAAAAAGGGUCCGGUACCUCAUAAAAACUGGGGAAAUCAUCGACAGUGCAGAGAAUUGGAAGAAAAUCAAAGAGAAGGAGAAAACAACAGAAGCAGUAGCUGCUGCUUCCUAGGAGAUUGGCCUGUAAAUUCUAGUUUGAUUUUGCUAUUUUUGAACUUCUUUCAUUGUAAUAUUAUGAUUCUGUUAUCACCUUCACCUUUUUAAACCAGGAACAGAAGAAUUUACAUUAAUGUGCAGAAACCAGCAUCAAGAUUCUUCCCUUGA